AUGACCAGGAUUACCGCAGCAGAUCAAGGAAUACGAAAUCCAAAGGAAAAAGGAGUCACAGAAGCAGAAAAGAGAGUGCUAUGUAGGCUUGAUAUUCAAGCCGCUUUAUGGUUCCUCAUCUUCAUCGAAGUUCUCAUCCUUCUUGGCUUAGUUUGCGCCUUCUAUGCUCUUGCAACUAGAAGAAUUUUGGUCAGGCCAAGGAUAUGGAGACUGCAAACCAUACCCGGGACUGGAGGGUUCGAGGAAAUGGCUAUUUCUUCUUCCUCGGAACACUGCAGUGAACUGGCGAGGUAUGCUCUUCUUGCAGUAGUUCUAGCUUGUGAUGUUGCUGCCUACGUGAAUUACAAGACAUUGUUUGUGGAAGGAAUUCGUCCGACUUUAAUUGCAUCAGUGGUGAAAUUUUGUAUGGAAAUACAGCAACCCGAUCGAAGUGGCAAACUUGGCUCUUCAGUUGCAGUACAUUACAGAUGCACAUCGGGACAAAGUGAGAUGAGCGAUAGCAAAUCGCAUAUUCAGAAAUUUGUGCACCAAGUCCGCGUCGAUCCAUCUGCGGAAGGGAGAGGGCCAUUUUCGGAGCUGUUUCCCAACGAUCUUUCAACUACGCUUGCAUUUCUUGAAGGAGUGACCCGAGAUGAAAUGGAACAUGCAGCGUCAGUGCUAUAUAUGGAACAUGGAGAUAAGCUCAUUGCGCUAACGAUCUAUUCCGUCAGUGCUCUUGAGCUUGGUUUUCUCAUGAAAGAGUACGUCCAAUCUCGUUAUUAA